UGUUUCUUUGGGUCUAGAAUUAUCAGUCUCUUUAAAUCUUGAGUUACAGAUUUCUAAUUGCACUUCUAAAGUUUCUCUUCAAUUUCUUUCGAUCAAAAUUAAUUUAUUUUAGGAUAGAGUCGUCGAUUUAAAUUGAGAUCGUCAGAUUAAUUUGGACCGUCUAAUAAUUUGAAUAGAUUAAAUUAAAAUUUUAUGAACUCGUGCGGAUUGACAUGUAAUAGGUUCAGAUUGGUUCCUAAGUUCGAGAUUUUUUUUUCUUUUAAACUUUUAAAUUAAAAUGAUUCUUUUUUUUUUUUUACUUUAAAUUGAAUUGGAUCGGAGAUUUCUUACCCAUCCGUUCCGUCCCGCACCAUAACGGAAUGGCCGAUUGACAGCACUAGUGGAGGAGAGGCAGGCCUGAAUUCUUCUUGCUUUGAUCCCGAAAAGAGGCAGAGGAAGGCGAUUGGGCCGAGUUCCCAGAUCAGUGGGCGGACUAUUCUUCCUCCUACCCGCGACCAGGAAGGCGGUUGCAGUGGCGUCGGCUCCUCCGCUCCACUUGUUUCUUUAAAGCGAGCGCCGGGUCUCGACGCAGUCCCACUCCAAUUCCCGUGGCCGUCUUGCCGGCCGCUCCUCCUUUCUCCGUUCAAUCCUCCACGGAAUAUACGGCGCCCCGACGCCGGAGGCUGCAUUGGCACCGCCGCGGCCCUCCAUUUUACCGACUACUCGCGCUCUUCGUAAGUGGUUACUUUGUAAAGGGCCCCCCUUCCUCCUUCGGUUUUGGGUUGGUUCGGUAACGUUUCCGCCGAUGAAGAAGGUCGCCACCAACGAGCAUGAUACCUAUAUUCUCUCGCAAAGGUAUAACCUAUCAAUGCCUCUUACUCUACUCCAAGAGGUUUAUGAGGUUGCUGAUGCUGAUGUUAAGAUAGACUGGCAUGCUCUUGUCAAGAAAACUGCAACUGGAAUUACGAAUGCCCGAGAGUACCAAAUGCUGUGGAGGCAUUUGGCCUACCGUCACCCAUUGCUUGAUAAGAUAGAAGAAGGAGCUGAACCUUUGGAUGAUGACAGUGAUCUCGAGAUAGAAUUAGAAAUUGUACCUCCUGUCAUAGAUGAAGCCUUAAGUCAGGCAAAAGAGUGCGUCCAGCUUUUGUUCUCAUCAUGCGGACUAGGCUCAACGAAGAAGACAGGUCUAAAAGCUCCUUUGGUUGAAAAAGGAGUUGACAAGGAGAUUUUAGACGCCGCUUCAAGUAAACCCCCUCAAACUAGCCAUGGUGUUGCUAUUAGCACUCUCCUGAAGAAGCAGACAGAAAAUGAAUUGGUAGGUUCAAGCUAUCAUCCUAAGAAGAAGAGGAAGCUAUGGACUAAAGAGGAGGAUAAGGAAUUAAUAGCUGCAGUACGUAAAUUUGGAGAAGGUAAUUGGGUAAACAUUCUCAGAGAAAAUUUAAAGCUUGACCGUACACCAUCCCAGUUAUCUCAGAGAUGGUCCAUCAUCAGGAAGCGUGAUGCUAACAUCCUUGCUGUUUCGGGCAAUAAGUCGGUUAGCUCAGCCCAAUCUGAAGAGAGGAUAGCAGCACAAAAGGCAAUUAUAUUAGCUCUUGAUACUCCCAAAGGUGGUAGACUAUCAGGUGGCACGCAAUCAAUUGGCAGGACAAGUUCUUCACCACUCGUAGGUUCAGUGCCUGAAGCAUUGGCAGUCUCAAGCCAACCAUUUAAUCAACAUAAACCACCUGUUCCAGCAGCAUCUCAAGCAUUAGAUUCAAGAUUUCCCUAUAAAUGCGGGACAACCUCAACAAAAUCUACUACACAUUUUGCUACAAAUUCUUCGAUACAAGCUGCUGCAUUUGCUGCUGGGGGGCGCAUUGCUACACCUUCCACUGCUGCCUCUUUAUUCAGAGCGGCACAAUCUAAAACUGCUGUUCAUAUUGGGCCUUGCAGCAGUACUGUAGCUUCUUCUAGUAACUUUAUCAAAUCAUUUGCCGUUACUAGCACUGCAGCAAUGGCGUCAAAGAGCAUGCCGACAGUUGGUACGACUGCACCAUCUUUGGCAAAUCCAGUGUCAUCUUCCUAUAAUACAAAACCUGGAGGGCAGCAAGUGCAAGGUUGCUCUGUCGAAGUGGUAAAGAAUUUGCAAAAUGCAGGAUCAGACACAAUUCCACAUGAUCUAUUGGGUGAAGAAGUAGAAUGGGCAGAUGAUAGCGAAUUAUAUAAACUGCUGGAAUUUGAUAUGGAUUUAGCGAUAGAGAAUGAUGUUGGCAAUGCUAAUGAUGCAUCAGAAUCUGCUGCGCCGAAGUCGCAUGCUGCAAAAGAAUUACUCACUGAACAUGCAGACAGCAAAGUGGUUUCCUCUGUCUGAGAAACAGAGAACUUGAAAAGUGGAUAAUGGAGAUUGUGCGUCAGCAGGGAAGGCAAUUUCAUCAAUCAAUAAGGAUAAUAAAAUCUCAAUCAAUUAGUUUCAAUCAGUUAGACAUGUUGGAUGAACAUAUGGCUAGACCGGUAAAAAAAACACAGGAAUCUUUUAUGCAAUUAACAAAUUUUGUAGGGGCUAUAUUUCAUGUCCAUGCUGACUUUUUCAAAGACCAUUUGAUUUUUGACAGA